AGUUCCACACCACAAUUGCUUACAUAUACACACACCAAACAUAGGGUUAGUUAGCACUUCCUUCUGGCUGAGCGUACCACAUCACGCAAAUGCGUGCGGCAAGUAUAGCAGCCCUGCUGCAGCUUCUGGCCACUAUGCUAGUGCUAGUCUCAGUCAACGUUGCAUCACCCAACUGCGCCAGCAUAUGCGGGAACAUAAGCAUUCCUUACCCGUUCGGCCUCGGAGCCGGAUGCCACCGCGAGAGCUUCAAGCUCUUCUGCAACGAGACAUACCAUCCCCCAAAGCUCUUCAUGGAAAAUUCUGUAGUCGAAGUUCUGGAAAUAUCGACGCAAGACAGCACGGUGACCAUCGACAGCGGGAUCCUCAGCUUAGCACUAGCAAGGAAUGAGGAUACCAACGCAGUAUGGGCAAUUCCCCUUAACGGCAGCAUCUAUACGACGUCGGCAAUAAGAAACGAUCUCGUAGUGCUGGGGUGCGGAUUCAUCAUGCUAGUUGCAUUUGAUCACGAAUCAGCACCAGCCUCCAGUACGUUAUAUGAUUGUCUGUCCAGUUACCCGAAGCAGCAAGUGUUGCUAUUUGAUAGCAAUCUGAUCCCUAUUGAUUUAAGUAUACGCGAUAUAACCGCCCCAAUCAAUGCAAGCUUGGCUGUAAUGGAGGGUGGAUGGUGGAGCAACGGGAACAACAUGACGCUGCAGAAAGCGGUCUUAGCUGACACUACACUUGGUGCCUCCAGAGGUGUGGUCCACUCUAUACCGGGGGUACCGAUCAGGACAGUUAUCAGUUGGGUGUUCAGUAGUCUGUCAUGUGCUGAGGCUAGAAAUUCAAGUGACUUUGGAUGCCUCAGCAACAACGGUGAGUGCCUUGACUACAUCAAACAAGAUGAUUCAGCAGGAGGUUACACAUGCCACUGUCGGGGAGGCUACGAAGGCAACCCUUACCGACGACAUGGAUGCCAAGAUAUCAACGAGUGUACUCGUCCAGGAGAGUACUCAUGCUCUGGCCAGUGCACAAAUUUAAUAGGAUCAUACACCUGUACCUGCCCACAUGGCACCAGUGGUAACCCCCGGAAACAAAAUGGAUGUUCUUCAACCAAAUCGGCCAAAGAAAAAUUCUCAGGAUUUGCCAUUGCGCUAAAGGUUGGCAGUGGUGUAGGUGUUCUGCUAAUUAUCAUUGCUGUUCUAUUCGUGAGACGAAAUCUCAUCACUUGGAAAGCAAAAAAGUCGAGAGAAUUUUUCUUCAAACAGAACAGAGGGUUGUUGCUACAACGGCUUGUAGACAAGGAUAUCGCUGAAAGGAUGAUGUUUAGCUUACAAGAGCUUGAAAAGGCGACAAAUAAGUUCGACAAUGCUCGGAAACUUGGAGGAGGAGGCCAUGGUACUGUCUACAAGGGGAUUUUAUCUGACCAACGUGUUGUUGCCAUCAAGAAAUCAAAAGUUAUAAUUCAGAGAGAGACAGAUGAUUUCAUCAAUGAGGUUGCCAUCCUUUCUCAGGUAAACCACAGGAAUGCAGUGAAGCUUUUUGGAUGUUGCCUCGAGACAGAAGUUCCAUUGUUAGUCUAUGAGUUCAUUUCAAAUGGCACUCUCUAUGAUAAACUUCAUGCCAGUACCCCACUAUCAUUUCCAUGGAAAGAGCGGCUAAGAAUAGCCUUUGAAACCUCAAGAUGUCUUGCCUAUCUGCACUCAGCUGCUUCAAUAUCAAUAGUACAUAGAGAUAUCAAGUCCGCCAACAUACUACUUGAUGAUCAGCUCACAGCAAAAGUAUCAGAUUUUGGAGCUUCUCGAGGCAUCCCCAUUGAUCAAACUGGAGUUGCAACUGCUGUUCAAGGAACCUUUGGAUAUUUGGAUCCAGAGUACUACCACACACGGCGACUCACUGAGAAAAGUGAUGUAUACAGCUUCGGUGUCAUGCUUGUGGAGUUAUUAACAAGGAAGAAGCCAUGUGUCCACAUGCCAUCACCAGGAGCGAGUCUAACUGCAGAGUUCAUCUUGCGAGUGAACCAAGGCAAACUCUUCGAGAUGCUAGACCAGCAAGUCAUUGAGGAAGGGGGUGAAGAAGCCAAGGACGUUGCAGUGGUAGCAGUGAUGUGCUUAAGCUUAAAGGGUGAAGAUAGACCCACAAUGAGGCAAGUUGAGACAAGACUUGAAGCGAUGCAAACAGUGGCAAACAACGCACCACUGGAACAGAACAAUGUCAAUGUGGAUGAUGACAACUUCAGUAGGCACUACAGCAUGGAGGAAGAAUGCAUGUCAUCUAUGGAUUUUCCUCGGUAACCCUAUUGCUAUUUGUGUCAUAGAUCCAUCUAUAUAUUAAGGACAGAGAAAAUGAGGUCCUCACGGUGCACCACCCCAUACAUCAUGUAUUUUUAUCCAAUCAGUGCAUGACGUGUGGCUGAUGCUAGUACUUUUUUAUUUACUA